CCAACACCACACCAGCUGCAGGAUGUGCCGAAAAACACAGGGUCAUGUGAUUCCAUGUUGAUCUUCCGUUCUGGCACUUAUAAAGAAAGGACUGAUUCCGCUCAAUCAUUUCCUGAGGACAACCGGCGAAAUCACUCUCAAGUUUGAAAACAGAACUUGGAGGAACUUUACCGCUCAGUCGGCAUUUUGUAAGCGAGAUGGAACUACAGAUCGUGUUUGGAGUACUGAUGGCGUCUAUAGUGGCGACCUUAACGGUUCCGUCUACAGCGGAAGAGGGGGCGACAGAAGAAGACGAUGUCAUCUCAAUCGUGGCUGGAGCUAUUCUGGGAUGUGUGGCCCUGCUGAUCGCUAUUCUUGUCUGCGUGCUUCUGUAUAGAAGGAGGAAAAUGAUUGGUUCACCAGAGACAGAGGCGGACCCCCGGUACGACAACGUCAUCAGUUACAGCCGAGUUCUGGAAGAGUCGACUUUGGACCAACCAGAACAGGACAAUCUGGUGUGGAACGACUUCUACGAGUCCGCUGACCAGAGGGGUGGCGGGGCGGAGUACGCCUGUGUCGAUAUACAGAACAUCGCAGAGGACAACGAGAAGACGGAGGUGGAAAAUGAUCUUUAUCAGUCUCACGGAAUAUAAAAACAUUUCGUCCAAAGUCCAAAUAUCCUCGAAACUACUAGCCUGAGUGUCAGCCUUGGUAGCUUUCGUCCGCUGCGGAAAAGUCCUGUAUCCUAUACUUUACCAACCUGAUGAAACUACUUUCGGAUGUAUAUUGCUUGCUUACAUGACGCUUGUUAUCAACAGUGAUUGACAGCGCAUGGUGUUAAUUGAACUCAGACUGCUCCACGUGUGCCGGCAGUCCUGAAGAGAACCACACUAAUUAAACAUCAUCAGUCUAAGCCUACAGAGUCAUCAUCGCUCUAUCGCGUUAUCAAAGUAAAAUGAGGGUGGCGCGAAGUAAUUACAUAUACGAGCGAGAUGGGAUCUUGAUCUAUGAACAAAAUUGCGAUUUCACAACUUGUCAUUUGUUUAUCUUUCAACAAAGUUGUUAUUUCAUCAAUCACACUGCAGUGACAUAACUUUGAAUCUGUCUCUGUUUCAUGCUUGUUUGUGAUAUCUGUACGUUCACAAGUAAAUAAAAUGAGGGUGGAAUGAAGUAAUUACGAGCAAUAUUGGAUCUUGAUCUAUGAACAAAAUCCACCUUCCUUUGAGAUUUCACAACUUGUCAUUUGUUUAUCUUUUAACAAAGUUGUUAUUACAUCAAUCACUUUCCAGUGACAUAUCU